AUGGCCUCGCUCUUAGAGCCUCCAAUGCCCAGCUCACCAGCGCUUCCCUUGCAAAAAAUUGCCGUCUUUAUUGGUGGAACCUCAUGGAUUGGUCGCGCAACCUUGACGCAAUUCGUCAAUCAGGGCUCCCCUCUGAAGGCCUACAUUGUCGGUCGAAAUGAGGAAGAAUUCAGGCCAGUUCUGUGCUAUUUACGUGCUUCGAAUAAGACUGCCGAGUUGAUAUUCCUAGAGGGCCAAGUUUCUCUCAUGGCAGAGACAAAGCGACUGACGGAUGAGAUCCUUCGCCGUGAGGAACACAUCGACUUGUUUUGCCUUUCUGCUGAUUUCUUGGACGCCAAGGGGCGGGAGCUUGCAACCGCUGUGGGAUAUUACAGUCGUCAGAUCUUCAUUCAAGGCCUGCUCCCACUUCUUCGGGCAGCAUUUAAUACUGGCACUGGUCAGUAUUCUCCCCGACUUGUGAAUGUUCUCGGCACGGGUUUUGAAACAACCGACUUGUAUCUGGACAACCUUGAGCUAAAGGAACCAGGACACUCCAGUGUCCAAAGCUAUGCCCAUCACAGCGCGACCAUGACCUCUAUUAGCCUCAAACGACUCGCCGAGCGGCCAGAAAACAGUGAAAUUACCUUCAUCCAUCAUCACCCAGGUCUUUUCUCUACUGAGAUUUUCCAAAAAUGCUGGGGUAAUCAAUGGAGCGAGGAUAAAGCGGCAGGAGGUCCCAAUGCCCCUUCAGAUAUCACCCGAUGCAGCCCCGAGGAGGUGGGAGAACGUUCUAUGUAUGUGAUGACUAGCUCUCAGUAUGGUGGGAAUGGUAUCGCCUUGACAGAGGGGCAGAAGAAAGGGCUCACCGUGAACGGUACGACAAAAGGGUCUCUUUUCUGUGUUGGUGAUAAGCUGGAAAUAUUGCAGCUCGAUGGGCUUCUAGGGAAAUUGGAGGGAAACGGUGCUUCCGCCAUUAUUUGGAACAAGACCAAUGAGUUGAUUGGAAAUUAUCUCUGA